AUGUCGUCCACGGAUUACAACUAUGAUGAACAGGGUCAAUUCUUUCCCUUCUUUAUUCUGACUCUGGCCGGUCUUGUCACCUUUCCUCUCACAUACAACCUCCUCAAACCAAGCAAAGAGCUUGAAAACACUGCGCCUCGAAUAAAAUCAGACUUCAAGCCCGACGAUGAGGACCUCAUCGACGCGCAGAAGCGAAAGCGUCUGCGUAGAGAGCGCCGCAUCAAGCGCAUCGCCACUGUCGUGAUCGGCUAUGCGGUCAUGGCCUGGAUGAUCUAUCUGAUCAUCGUAACGGCAAGAACGGCACCGAAGAUCUGGGAUCCAUAUGAGAUUUUGGGUAUUUCAAGGAGUGCUGAUGAAAAAGCCAUCUCAAAACACUAUAAGCGUCUGUCCCUGAUCUACCACCCGGAUAAAAUCCGCCCCGACCCAGCGAAGAAUGAGACGAUUGAGAUGCUCAACGAUCGCUUCGUGGAGCUGACCAAGGCUUACAAGGCACUGACCGAUGAGGAGAUCCGCAACAACUAUAUCCAGUACGGCCACCCAGAUGGAAAGCAGAGCUUCAGCAUCGGAAUUGCUCUUCCCAAGUUCAUCGUCUCUGAAGGCAAUGGAAAGUACGUUUUGCUGGUUUAUGGAGGCUUGCUUGGCGUCCUGUUGCCCUACAUCGUCGGAAAAUGGUGGUAUGGUACGCAACGCUAUACGAAAGAGAGAGUCCUGGUCGCUAGCGCCGGCAACAUCUUCCGGGAGUACCGCGAAGAUCUUGCCGUUGGUGGGAUUGUCAGCGCUCUCUCGUCCGGUGAAGAGUUCAAGCAGAUACUGGCCGGAAUCAAGGCUGAAUCAGGGCUUGCCAAGGUAGAGAAACGGAUUCUUACCGAAGACGCCACAUUUUUGUCUCCCCUGGAUCGUGAAACCCUGAAGCAGCUGGACGAUUCGUCCCGGAGAAAAGCGCUGGCAUUGCUUUGGGCCUAUCUGGGGCGGGUCGACCUGAAUGACAAGACUUUGAAUGGCGAAAAAUACGAAGCUGCUCCCAUUGCUCUAUCACUCAACGAAUCGUUCACUGCUAUCGCUCUUGCCUUUGGAAACCUGCGUCCUAUCCUAGGAGCUUUCCGUACUUCGCAACACCUCAUCCAAGCCGUUUCGCCCGCCGGUUCCCCUCUUCUGCAACUGCCUUACUUCACGCCUAAGAUAGUGGAAGCCAUCGAGGGCGAAAAUGCCAAGUCUCACUUCACUGUACAACGGUUUAUGACAAUGCCCGAGUCGCAGCGGCGUAGUCUCACGGUCGGUGCGGGCUUGCUGACCGACAAGCAGUACGCCACCGCGGUCUCCGUUGCGCAACAGCUUCCCAACCUCGAAGUAUGCAAGGCGUUUUUCAAGGUCAUGGGCGAGAAGGUCAUCACGCCCAGCAGUCUGGUACAGCUGGUGGUGAAGGCUCGGUUCAUCCCCCCCGGGUCAACGAAUGUUCCUGCAGUCAACGAGCUUGAGCUGGAAGAUAUCGAUCCGGACGAGGACGACCUUGACGCGCUGAUGGGCCGCAAGUCAGCCAAGAACAGAAGGGUCAAGCUGGCCGACGGGCAGACGGUAGAGGAGAAGAUCGAGACCAUCCAACCGCCUCUCGCCCACGCCCCGUACCUGGCUCGCGACCACUCCCCGCGCUGGCACAUCUUCCUCGCCGACGCCAAACAGGGCAAGAUGGCCGUACCCCCCUUCACUUUCACCACCUUCGACAAGCCCUUGUUCGACAGCGAGGGCCGCCCGACCUUCAACGUGCAGACGCUCAAGAUGCAGUUCCAGGCGCCGCCCCAGGUUGGCGACUUCACCUUUGUCAUGAACAUGCUCUGCGACAGCUAUCUAGGCCUAGACACCAAGCUGGACAUCACCCUUCAUGUCGACGACCCGGCCAAAGCCGCCGCCCUCAAAGAAGAGGAUGACAUCAGCGAGCCAGACGAGGGUAAUUUUUUCCCCUUCCUUUUCCCCCUUAUGAAGUAUAAGCUGACCGUUCUAGAUUCCAUCGCUGGCCAAAUGCAAGCUCUUAAAACGGGCCAGCCGCCGCCGCGCAAGACGCGCCCCACGCACGACUCGAGCGAGGAUGAGAGCGACACGGACGGCGACGCGGGGGAUACCAGUGAUACCAACACGGAGACGGAUAUUGAUGAUUAA